CUUAUACCUACUCUCAAACAAAAAAUUAACCUACUCUGCAGCAAUCAAGUAACAUUACAGUACAUAGACUAGACAAUUUAGACAUCCUUUGUAAUGUUACCGAUUGUACCAAGAAAACAAAAAUGAAAUGCUUCGCCGCGAACAUGAUGGACGGACAUUAACACCCGCAGACACAAUGUGAGAACGCGGCUAAAAAUAAAGGUUCAACGCGGCUGCGGGAACGCCCAACGCUACCGAAAUACCAGCAUUGCAUGCCGACUGUGCGGCGCAUCGGGACCUAAACUAGUUCUGUGAAAUAGUUGUUCAAAUUCUUGAAGAUUUUGAACUUUUCGAUAUGAGUAUCGAGCGCGCUCGGGCCUGCGUCGGGCCCUCGCCCGUCACCAAGCGCCUAUGCGCUACCAUUGUGUUUUUCAUCGGCGUAAUCUGUGUUUUUGGAGGUUAUUUAUUAUGCCGCAUGUCGCGAAACGAUGUGAAGAGGAGCAACGAAAUCGUAUCAUUCAACUUGACGAUCGCAGCUGAGAAUUUGUACAAAAAAGCGAAGAGAAUUUCGCCGAAAGCCGUCCUUCACAACGAUCCGGAGAAGGUGACGGCGAGACUCCUGGACAUCUUUAACUGCACGCAGGCGGACUGUGGGACCAUUAGUCACUAUAACGUGGCAGAGUUUAUAAAACGUUCCAUCAACUUUAAGGUUACCAGAUUGUUGAAAUCUGUGAAUAAUGCCACUAUGUAUUUGGACUCUUUGAGAUGACAUUGGAUGAUUUCUCACUAGUUGCAUGGCUGUUCAACUAUCAGGUAUAUUCAUGAUCAUGAGAUUAUGCAAUUUCUUUUAAAAUACCUAUUGAUGGGUAAUUAGCACUAAAAUUAUAAUACAAACUCCAGCUCUAUGAAUAAACCUAAUAUUUAGACAUAUGGAUGCCAUAUUAUUUCUGUGAAGGCUCCGUUGGUUCCUGUUCUUGUCUUCUCUCACUAGCGUAAGGCGUAUGGCACUCUGCAUCCCGUUCGCACGUCGUAAAUU